AUCUAGGAGAUUGCAGCCCAUCCUAUGCACGCAGUCCCGGGAAAACGGCCAAGCGCAUAGAGUGAGAGACCAGGGCGGGUCAUUGUUGUUCGUGACCGAGAUGUUGAAAACGGGGGCGCACACCUGAGAGAGCCGCAGGCGGGAGGCAAUAGCACGAAGGGAGGGCACGAGGCCGUCACUCUAACGCAGCUAACGCCCGACAUAAGAACAGACUUUGCUACGUGUCCCACCGUGCAAUCGCCGUGCAAUCGCCGUGCAAUCGCCGUGUGCGACGGGGACGGGAAUGGCCGGCGACGACGCGUGGACGGUCGUCUCCAAGCGUCGCCCUGCUCGCGGGAGCAGCGGCGGUAGAGUCCCGCUCCCGAGGGAUGGCAGCGAGGCCGUUGCGCGCGGCUCAGGAGCGCGCGCGGGGGGGCUUCCGGGCGCGUGCGCGGAGGUGGAAGAACUGGGGAUUGCCGCAGAUGAGCGGAAGGUGGAGCCGGCGGGGUGGAAUGUGCGGGAAGUGGGGAAACGAGGGUUAGCGCGAGUGCGCCCUGCGGAGGCCAGGCCGUAAAGGCAAGGGGCGGCGAGGCGGUGGCGCAGGCAAUGGGGGGGAGAGCGAGGAGUUGCUAGUGGUGGCGAGGAUGGAGGAUGCGAGGCGCAUGGUACAGCUUUCCGCGUUCUACAGCAAGCUAAGAGUCGCAUCCCCCAGACCAGAUGGCGUCACUACAGGUUGCCCAUCGUCUACUGGCCGCCUACCUCCCCCCGUCCACUCCCUCCCCCCUCUCCUCCCCCUCUCCCUCCAUCACCACAACCUCUCUCCCUCCCACCACUCCUCCACCUCCCUCCCCUGCCACUGCAAGCGCACAAGCAGCAACGGGGUUGGAGGGGUGUACAGCAGACGGAGGAGGGGGGGACGGGGAGGGGGAUGGGCAGAAGGGCGCGGUGGUGGAGGUGGUGGUGUACGGCGUGGGCAGCAUAGCGUACUCGCCCGUUGCCAGGUGCCAGAUGGCCCUAGGGCUGCUGCUCGCGCAUGCGCUCAAGGUGCUCGCUCAUGCACUCAAGGUGCUCGCUCAUGCACUCAAGGUGCUCGCUCAUGCACUCAAGGUGCUCGCUCAUGCACUCAAGGUGCUCGCUCAUGCACUCAAGGUGCUCGCUCAUGCACUCAAGGUGCUCGCUCAUGCACUCAAGGUGCUCGCUCAUGCUUCUCGCCAUGCGUUGCAUCUCUCCUCCCGCAUCACUGCGCACCAUCACAUCACGACCAUGCACCACCACAUCACUACCAUGCACCACCACAUCACUACCAUGCACCACCACAUCACUACCAUGCACCACCACAUCACUACCAUGCACCACCACAUCACUACCAUGCACCACCACAUCACUACCAUGCACCACCACAUCACUACCAUGCACCACCACAUCACUACCAUGCACCACCACAUCACUACCAUGCACCACCACAUCACUACCAUGCACCACCACAUCACUACCAUGCACCACCACAUCACUACCAUGCACCACCACAUCACUACCAUGCACCACCACAUCACUACCAUGCACCACCACAUCACUACCAUGCACCACCACAUCACUACCAUGCACCACCACAUCACUACCAUGCACCACCACAUCACUACCAUGCACCACCACAUCACUACCAUGCACCACCACAUCACUACCAUGCACCACCACAUCACUACCAUGCACCACCACAUCACUACCAUGCACCACCACAUCACUACCAUGCACCACCACAUCACUACCAUGCACCACCACAUCACUACCAUGCACCACCACAUCACUACCAUGCACCACCACAUCACUACCAUGCACCACCACAUCACGACCAUGCACCACCACAUCACGACCAUGCACCACCACAUCACUACCAUGCACCACCACAUCACUACCAUGCACCACCACAUCACGACCAUGCACCACCACAUCACGACCAUGCACUACCACAUCACUACCAUGCACCACCACAUCACUACCAUGCACCACCACAUCACUACCAUGCACCACCACAUCACUACCAUGCACCACCACAUCACUACCAUGCACCACCACAUCACUACCAUGCACCACCACAUCACGACCAUGCACCACCACAUCACUACCAUGCACCACCACAUCACGACCAUGCACCACCACAUCACGACCAUGCACCACCACAUCACUACCACCAUGCACCACCACAUCACUACCAUGCACCACCACAUCACUACCAUGCACCACCACAUCACUACCAUGCACCACCACAUCACUACCAUGCACCACCACAUCACUACCAUGCACCACCACAUCACUACCAUGCACCACCACAUCACUACCAUGCACCACCACAUCACUACCAUGCACCACCACAUCACUACCAUGCACCACCACAUCACUACCAUGCACCACCACAUCACUACCAUGCACCACCACAUCACUACCAUGCACCACCACAUCACUACCAUGCACCACCACAUCACGACCAUGUACCACCACAUCACUACCAUGCACCACCACAUCACUACCAUGCACCACCACAUCACUACCAUGCACCACCACAUCACUACCAUGCACCACCACAUCACUACCAUGCACCACCACAUCACUACCAUGCACCACCACAUCACUACCAUGCACCACCACAUCACGACCAUGCACCACCACAUCACUACCAUGCACCACCACAUCACUACCAUGCACCACCACAUCACUACCAUGCACCACCACAUCACUACCAUGCACCACCACAUCACUACCAUGCACCACCACAUCACUACCACCAUGCACCACCACAUCACUACCAUGCACCACCACAUCACUACCAUGCACCACCACAUCACUACCAUGCACCACCACAUCACUACCAUGCACCACCACAUCACUACCAUGCACCACCACAUCACUACCAUGCACCACCACAUCACUACCAUGCACCACCACAUCACGACCAUGCACCACCACAUCACGACCAUGCACCACCACAUCACUACCAUGCACCACCACAUCACUACCAUGCACCACCACAUCACGACCAUGCACCACCACAUCACGACCAUGCACUACCACAUCACUACCAUGCACCACCACAUCACUACCAUGCACCACCACAUCACUACCAUGCACCACCACAUCACUACCAUGCACCACCACAUCACUACCAUGCACCACCACAUCACUACCAUGCACCACCACAUCACGACCAUGCACCACCACAUCACUACCAUGCACCACCACAUCACGACCAUGCACCACCACAUCACGACCAUGCACCACCACAUCACUACCACCAUGCACCACCACAUCACUACCAUGCACCACCACAUCACUACCAUGCACCACCACAUCACUACCAUGCACCACCACAUCACUACCAUGCACCACCACAUCACUACCAUGCACCACCACAUCACUACCAUGCACCACCACAUCACUACCAUGCACCACCACAUCACUACCAUGCACCACCACAUCACGACCAUGUACCACCACAUCACUACCAUGCACCACCACAUCACUACCAUGCACCACCACAUCACUACCAUGCACCACCACAUCACUACCAUGCACCACCACAUCACUACCAUGCACCACCACAUCACUACCAUGCACCACCACAUCACUACCAUGCACCACCACAUCACUACCAUGCACCACCACAUCACUACCAUGCACCACCACAUCACUACCAUGCACCACCACAUCACUACCAUGCACCACCACAUCACUACCAUGCACCACCACAUCACUACCAUGCACCACCACAUCACUACCAUGCACCACCACAUCACUACCAUGCACCACCACAUCACUACCAUGCACCAUCACAUCACUACCAUGCACCACCACAUCACUACCAUGCACCACCACAUCACUACCAUGCACCACCACAUCACUACCAUGCACCACCACAUCACUACCGUGCAUCACCACAUCACUACCAUGCACCACCACAUCACUACCAUGCACCACCACAUCACUACCCCUGCCGCUGCGCCAUGCCACCUCCUCCCAUCCGCUACCCCACCUCGCCUCACAUACCGACCACCCCUCGCACGCUCCACCGCAAUCAACCCUCCCUGAUUCGCAGCCCUCAGCCACUGCCCCACCCGCCAUGGCGCCCGCACAUGCGUCCGCCCAUGGCGCCUCCCCCACCGCGUGCCCGCCCGGCGCCUGCGUGCGCGUGAGCGUGUUUGACCCCGUGCUCUCGCCCCCUGAGCUCGCCGCUCUCGCCCUGCUGGGCGCCCACGGCCUCACAGCGAACGAGGAGGGCCGUCGCAGCGUGGCGGUGCCCACGCUCUUCUACAUGCCGCACUGCGAGGCGUUCCUCUAUAACAAUGUUCUCGAGGCCAAUGCGUGCGUGCUCUGCAGGCCCCCCACUUCUCCCACAUCGCCUCCUCCUUCUCCCCCUGCUUCCCCUCCCCUCGCAUCGCCGCUGCUCACCCCAACUCCUGCCGUGCUGCCGCCAUCCUCCUCGCCACCAUCGUCAGCAGUAGCAGAAGCAGAAGCAGGUGGCGCGUGUGGUGGGGGCGCGGCAGCACGUGCGCCUAUUGUGAUUCUUGGCAACAGCUUUGCCUCGUAUGAGGAGAGGUGGAGCAUGCCAGCGCAGCCAUCCACAUCACGGCCCAACACUCUCCUUCAUCUGGCACUUCUUUCGUUGAGUCUCUCCAUUUUCAGCGAGCGGACUGGACAGUUGGCGACAUGCUGCCACUCAAUCAAGGCAUAUACUAUAACAUGAGGCAAUACAUUUUAGCCACGUGUUUCUUUGCCACGCUUCCUUCACAACUUUCUUUCAGCUCCUCUAUUGAGUUUUUGGUGCAGAGUUGGACAAAUCCCUUGUUACUCAGCAUAACUGGCCACAUAACGUAGGGGCGGGUCCGUGUCACAUAGUUACGUCGAAACUGACAUUGUUAUGAUACAGGAAGUGUCAAUGGAAUAUAACGUGAGAAUACAAGACUCAACUUUCUUCCAACAGCUAGUGCAUCAUAGAUUUCUCCCAACUUCACGAUUGAUUUCUCCCAAGG